CCCCUGGCUGCCAGGCGUCACACCAGUUUAUAAUAAGGACCCAAAAAAAGUUGUCGAGUGAACGGAUUGAAAGAGGGGGAAAAAACGUAACCCUUCCCACUUUCCAAAAAUCACGGGGAGUGACUGUGACAGGAGAGAAAGGGGACAGAGAGAAAGAGAGAGAGAGAGAGAGAGAGAGGAGGAGAAGUAGAAGUAGAAGACCUCGCAGAACUUCAUCACAUUUCUUUUACAAGUUCGCGGACUGGAACGGAUCAUUAAACUGGACUGAUCAAUCAAUAUCGGUAAUCAACAGUGGAGUGAGAAGCGUAGCGGGAGACUCUUUGGAGGAGCAUGCGGCUCGGUUUACUAUUCAGGCUCUAUGUGCUGUGGGGCUUUGUGGUGGUCACGACCUCCGUGACCAAGGUUGCUAAGAGGAAGGUGGCAGGCCGGAGGUCCAGACAGGUGUAUGAGGCGGAGCCUGUGGAUGGAGUGUGGUCUGUUUGGGGGGAGUGGUCAGGAUGCACUCAGACCUGCGGUGUGGGUGUCUCACACAGAAGCCGAAAGUGUUUACCCCCUCCACCUCCUCAGACGCCUCCUCUCUCCCACUCUCCACCUAACUGGGCAGGUUAUCUGCCUGGGGGCAUCGGAGGUCCUGUCAUCUCACCAGUGCACCCCUACUAUCCUCGUUUCCCCGGUCAACAUCCGCCUUACCACUCCACACCAAUCUCAGCCAAUCACAACCCGGGAUUGCCUCUGUAUCGGAAUACCCCUGUUGGAGGAGGAGGAGGAGCUCCUGUACCAGGACAGACCAAUCUGUCUCCUCCUUUUUACCAAUCAGAAUUCUCCCCAACGAAUCAGGACCGUGUGUCUGUUUACCGCGCACCCCACCAAGUUCCUCCACAUGGCUACAACCAACCAGGACGGAUCAUCAGGAGACCGACCAAUCCAGGAGCAGUGAGGGCUGCAGGGGGUGGGAGCAGGAGGUCUGUCUCAGCAAGGAGGUCUUCCAGCAUCCGCCCAGGUCAGUUUGGGUAUGGCAGGGUUCCUUUCUCUCUGCCUCUGCACCGGCCCAACCGGCAGGCUCGCCACACUGUUAACGGCACCAAAGCUGCAGAGGCCAUGCUGACACCUGCUCCAGGUGUGAGUGGAGACGACAUAGAUAACACCAGGAAAGAUGAAGAUGAGAUCACAAGUGAUGGAGACUUUGGGGAGACAGGGAGGAGAGAUGAAGAGGAGGGCUCAGAGUCACAUACUGCUGAGGAGUCAUCUACAAUGACCACCACAACCAGCACCCUGCACCGCCACAUUGACAGACCAUACCACACCAAUACGGAACACGCGAGAGUGAGAGAACGAGUGCCCUCCUCUCACUCCUUCUCACGCUCCUCCUCUUCAUCUGUCUUACCCAACCGCCGGCCGUUCAAUUGGCACUCCGUCACUGCACCUCCUCCUCCCAUCUCCCCUCUCUCUAACCCCAACUCACCUGCCAUCUCUUCACCCUUUUCCUCCCCUCUACGCCACUCCAGCGCCGUGCACCCAGGCUUCAGCCCCCAGGUCCCGCCCGCUGGCAACAUCUACCCACUACAGCAUCCCCAUAUCCCGCACCUGGGGGUGGAGGCGGGUAGGGAUGGAGGGAGAGGAGCUCCUCAGAUCUUCAGAUGCGCUGGGCCGGAGAAAGAGUACCGCAGGUGCUUCUCGCAGGUGUGUGGAGGAGGUACAUUGGACUCCAGAGCAGAGCAGUGCGCAGCUUUUAACACCCAGGAGUUCAUGGGUCGUCUUUACAACUGGGAGCCUUUUACUGAGGUUGGUGCAGAUAAGCAGUGUGAGCUGACCUGCAGACCAGCCGGCUAUCGCUUCUAUGUUCGUCAGGCUGAGCGUGUAAGAGACGGGACCCCCUGCUUCAACGUCAGCUCCAACGAUGUUUGUGUAGAAGGGCAAUGUCUGACGGAGGGUUGCGAUGGGGUUCUGGGCUCUGGCUCUGUGAUUGACAAGUGUGGAGUGUGUGGCGGGAGGGAGACCUCCUGUCGAAAGGUGGUAGGAAGCUUCCAAAAUGUCACAGUUCCCCUUGGUUACCACAAGAUCCUGGACAUCCCACCCGGAGCAACAUUCAUUAACAUCACGGAGAGACGAGCCAGCCCUAAUUACCUGGCCAUGAGAAGUGGCACAGGGGCUUCUGUAGUAAACGGGCGUUGGGCCGUGGACCCUCCAGGGGAGUACAAGGCAGGGGGGACUACAUUCACCUACACUCGACCUAGAGCACAGGCAGAGGGAGAGGAAGAGGGAGAGUCCCUCAAGGCCCCUGGACCCACCACCACACAACUACAGCUAUAUAUCAUUUUCCACCAACAGAACCCAGGCAUCGACUACGAGUUUUACAUCCCUGUGGAGAAGAAGGAGGGAGAGAGGGAGAGGCUGUCAGAGAGAGAGAGGGAGACACCCAGAGAGGCACCCAGAGAGAGGCAGAGGGAGCGAGAGUCAGGCAGGGCACCCCUUCGCAGUCCUCUCACAGUGUCAGUGGAAGACCUUCCUCCUGCACCUCCCCCUGUUUCGGUCCCCUCUUUUCCCUCGUCGUCCUCCGCCUCCUCUGUGUUUUCUCCCCCCUCCUCCGACCGUUGGACACCUGAGAGGUCACGUCCGCGAGCCUCAGCACCCAACAGGAAUGCUCGGAUCCCCCCUCGCACCGACUUGCCACUGGACACUCAGCCACCGUUUGUGUGGAGGAGAGGCAGACUCACAGAGUGUUCUGCUACCUGUGGCAAAGGUUAUCAGUAUCGAGAGAUUCUGUGUAUUGAUCGCCAUACUGAUGACGAAGUCCCACAGAGGAAGUGUGACUCUGCAGCCAAACCUGUUCCUGAGGAGGAACCUUGUAACACUCACCCCUGCCCACCAUUCUGGGAGGCCAGUGCCUGGUCAGAGUGCAGUGUGUCCUGUGGCCCCGGAGUGCAGCAGAGGCAGCUCCAGUGCAGGCAGAGCUUUGGGAACCGCUCCACUAUGGUCCACCCACAGCGCUGUGCCAACCUCACCCCGCCAGAGUCUACACAGGCAUGCCAGCUCCGCCUCUGCUCCCACUGGGAGGUCAGCUCCGACUGGAGCACAUGCUCAGUGGACUGCGGUGUAGGAAGGAGAACAAGGAGUGUGCGUUGCGUCAGCGAUCAAGGCAGUGUGGUGAACGAGAAAGAGUGCAACUCCAGGGUUCGCCCACAGGGAACUGAGGAGUGCAACAUGGGGCCCUGUGUUACUAACUGGUACUUCACUGACUGGUCCAAUACUUGUUCAGCACAGUGUGGCCCCGGGGUGCAGAAGAGGGAGGUGGUGUGUCUGAGUGGAGGAGGCGUCAGAGAGGGUGAAGGAGGAGGGGACUGUGUUGGGGACAAACCGGCAGAGAUGAAGGCCUGCAACGGGGGUCCCUGUGUGCCAACGACCAUGUGGUACAGCAGCCCCUGGACACAGUGCAAUGUCCCGUGUGGGAAUGGAACUCAGCGAAGAGACAUAAUUUGCGUCCAGAAGAUGGGGAAUGAUUUUACUGUCGUACCGGCCAGCGAGUGUGCUCAUCUAGACAAGCCAUCCGCGGUCCAACAGUGUGAGAUGGGGGAAUGUCGGCCACAGUGGUUCACAACGGAGUGGAGUUCGUGCUCACGUUCUUGUGGAAAAGGCUUACAGAUAAGGGAGGUUCGGUGUCUAACACCAGACAAAAAGCACAGCCACGAAUGUGAUCUUGAUACCAAAUCUGAACAGGAACAAAUCUGCAACACAAUACCCUGCAGUCCACAAGUCUCAGAUGAAAACUGUCGGGACAGACGGCAUAACUGCGUGAUGGUGGUGCAGGCCAGGCUGUGUGUCUACUCCUACUAUAAGACCGCCUGCUGUGCCUCGUGUACCCAGAGUGCACAGCGUGCCAAGAGGCACUGACCAGCCCAGGUGUGCAAGAAGACAAGUGUUAGGUCAAAUGGGCUGAUCACCCCUCAAAAUGACAAGUUUGUAGAAAUGGACAACCCAGAGUAGAUGUUAUACCUGUGAUGGCAUGUUGUUCACAACAUUUAGCUAUUUUCUCCUGAUUCUUCAGGUAAAAACACUGUGAAAACAGAUGGUUCUUUUAUCAGUUCUCUGUAUACAGUUACAUUUUGUAUUGCAUUGUAGAGCCACAUAUUCCACUGAGCUUGCUUCUGUGUACUUCGUGCAUUAGCUUUAACAGGUUCAUAAUGUGUCACACAGGGCUGAGUGAUACAUUCGCUGUGAUUUCCACUCUUGGAGGCCCAUUUCUAUGGCUGAGUGAUUGUAACGGAAGGUGCUCACUGAGGACACAGCUGUGUUUCAACAGCAAAACUAGAGAUUUUUUUAAAGAUUCCUCCUAAUCUGCAGGAUCUUACGACAGACAUAGUCAGCCAUGCAUACUGUACCACUAAUUAUUAAAAGAAAUGUGCUGAACAAGUAAUUACCAUGUGUGCUAGAUAAACUGUGUAGUACUAUGUGUGCUUAAGAUCUACUGGAAUAGAUCUACUGUGUUUCUGUACACUGCAGAUGUCCCCUACAGUGGCUACCCCCAACUAAGCUAGAAGGAUUUAAUUUACAUAUUGUCUGUCUUUUAUGUUUGCCAAAAAUACUUCUCUUCCUCUUAUUGUUCAGUUCAGUAAUUGAACAGAUAAACCAAAGGGGUGGCAGUAAGUGACCAAAUAUAUCUGAGUGUGAUGACAGAGGUGAGAUUCUUCCCAAACAUCAAGUAUAUUAAAUGUGGGAUGUUGAACAGGCAGCAUCGACUGUUCAGUCCCUGAACGUAUUCAUGUCAGUUACAUAGACUGAAGACAACUGUGGGAGUUGUGUUAAAACCCACAGCUAAGGUGUGAAACUGACACUGCUGCUCACUUAAGACAUGAGACAUAACAGAUGUGAUUUUAAUUUACCAAGUGAAAUGCUGUAAUGGACUUUACUUAUUGUCAAGAAGUCACAUGAACAGACAAAACCAACAAUGCAUUUGUCUGUAUUUCUCAGCUCCAAGCUGAUUCCUAUUGAAGAUGUAAAUCUUUAGAAUUGAGUCUAAAAAUAUCAGCAGUUUGUUUUGACAAGCGUAACUAUAACAUGAAUAAAUAGGGAAUAGUUGCAGUAGCAGUACGGUGAGCUGUAUGUGAGAUUGACUCUAAAUAAAAUACAGUGCUCGUGUUUAUUGAAAUGAAGAAACAAGUCACAUAACACAGAUGAUGUAGCUCUAUGGCACAGAGAAAUAAGCUAUAUCAGCCUUUGGCUACACAGACAAUACUUGGUCGUAUCAAUUUGUUAUUGGUUUUUCGUCUUUUUGUUGGAUUUUUUUUUUUCACUUUUAAUCAUCAACUUUAAUGACGCACAAGUUUGAAUAUAUGUGAGGUGAUUCACUCCUGACUGACCUAAUUUUCCAUCUUAAUGAUAAUUACACCACGACAGUCGUGUGCUCCCUGUUUUCUCACCUCUUCUCAGAAUCUCCUGUGUUUGCAUCCUUCAUCGCCAGCCUGAGAGAAGAUGAUUAAUCUUUCCUGUGAGAAUAGAUGAAGCCACAAUUAGUGAAUCUGUUAGAACAAACUGCUCAGUUUUGUUGGUCAGUCUGCAUCCAUCAGUACCUACUUUACUAUAAUCUCAGAUGGAGGCUGAGAAAGCUGCUUUAUUUCAACAUUGAUUAUGAUAUAGAUCAUAUACAUUCUGCUUUGACCUGAAAGUAAAUAUUUUGCAUAUUGGCGUGUUAACCUCUAUGUGUGUAAGACAUGCUCUUUCAUCCUCUUUUUCUCUCUUUUUCUUACACUGUUUUUACUUUGCUCUCUCCCACACCUCCCACUAUAAACUCACACACACCCUGCCCACUCGUAAGUGAGAAGUCUGUAUAUUUGUCAGAUAUGUUUUAAUGUCUAUAAUUUCUUUUGGACAUAGUCAGCGCUUAUGUUUUAUAACUGAGUAGAGUUAUCAGAAGUGUUGUUGUAGACUGCAUUUAUUCACAUCUAACUGUCCUAUAACUAUUGUAUUUUGCAUUUGACAGGAGAAUCAAUGUACUCUUGAAUUUUCAGUGUUUAUCAUUGUGUGUGUACGUGUGCGCACAUGUGUGUAUGGUUGUGUGUUUUGCGAUUGUGGCUAUGAAUGUGUCAUCUUUGUCUUUAAUCCCAUGUAGUAAAAGUUACAUUUUAUAUAAAAAAAACAGAAAAAAGGAUAGUAAUUUAUCUAUUAUCUAAAGAACAUGUAAUUUAUUUUUGUGUUAAGAAGUUGUAGCAAGUUUCCUUUGUUACCACCAGAGUUUAUGAGAUUGUUAUCACUGAUAUAUGGAUUUUUUUUUUGCAAAACAAAACAAACAAAAAAGCAGUGUGGAAAAAAUUACAAUCUCAAUUUUAAAUAAAACUGAAACAGAUAAAUUAAGUAGUGUGUCAUAUUUGGUUUUGUCCAGUGAAUAAAGGUGUUAUAGACAUUCCCUCCAAAUGAUGGCGCCAUUGAGUCUCAGCCACAAAUGAUAAGGCCUCUGAAAUGAGUCACCUACAUGGUAUACUGUAUGUCUCUGCAUUGGGAUUAGUUGUUUGCUUGCGUGUUUAAUAAAAAUUGUUCUUGAUUUUCUUAAAAAACAUUGA